AUGGAGGAUCUCGCCGUCACAUCACGGAGAGGUCAAUACAGUAGCGAUGAAGGUUGUACCACUAAAGCCCAUGGAAAUAAUGUUCUACGGAUAACUCAUUUGUUUGCCAUCCUUUGCACACUACUAAAACUAUUUCCCAAUGGAAUUGUCGAAGAACAAUACAUUAAGGCCAUUGAAGAUUAUGUAAAUAUCUUAUAUCCCAGUCAUACUACGAUACAAGAAUCUGAUGAGGAAGACCCUAGUUUCACAAAGGAAGAUGUCAGGGCUACCAAUACCAAUGACUUGGUGUUUUUGUGGGGAUAUGGUCAUUUGACUGCCAAGGAGCUAAAACAUAGUCUACGAGAAGCUCACGAUGUGUUUAAGGAAGACUUUGAGUUGCGGUUCAUGGAUAAGAGUUGUGCAGUUAUUGUCUUUUACAGAGCAGGAUCCGCACAGGUUUUACUAGAGUCGAUGGCAUCGGCAAUGUUCUGUUCGGAUGGUUUAUCAAAAAUGAAAUCAGAGGGGCUGAAAGCAGCAGGGUAUCAAUGUUACAAGAAAGUUUGCAGAUUAGGCCUUUGGGAUGCAAACUUAUCCGAUUCAUUGGAGAACGUAAUGUCGGAUCCAGCCGACGGUAUUUCAACUUUUUCUGAGAAAGAUGCAUCCGAGGUCUCCUGGACAAGUGAGUAUGCGAUCGAUCUAAGUGACCUUUAG